ACCAAUGAUAUACUGCAACAGAGAUUCGCUUGCCUGUUCUAGGUAGUUGUUAAUUUUAGGGGGUGAAUAUAAGUUGUUCUCUGUGCUAAUAUAUACCAAGAUCAACGAAAAUGUCGUCUGAUGAUGAAGAGGAAGGGCAACAACUUUGGUCCAUGGAUGAUGAUGAAGGACCAAUGCCAGAACCAGGCGCUCCUACUGCACCACAAGCUGAUGAAGAGAUCAACAACCAGGAGAAGAAACCCGACGUGCUAUCAACAAAAAAGGAGGAGACACCCCUGGCGCAGCCAAAACAAAAGGACCAGGAGAUACCCCAGGAUUUCACAACGAUGAAGACGAAGGUGAGCAAAGCGAUUGCUCACUGGCCCGCAGAGCUGCCAACCAUCUGCGAGGUCCCCGGGGACCUCGCCGAGGGAAACAAGGGCGCGUACACCCCCAAAGUGGUCUGCAUCGGUCCGCUCUUUGACAGCCAGCGCGGCACGGCCCGCAUGCUCAGGAUGGAGGACUACAAGUGGUGUUGCGUCCGCAAGCUCAUCGUGGGGCGCCAGCGGCCGGUCGCCGCCUGGUCGCCGGAGGUUCAUGAGCCGUUGCUUCUCAACUGCUUCAACAUGAUGAUGGGCCUCGCACCGCGAGUUCGUGCCGCCUACAGCACAAUUUCUUCUUCCUCCAAUGUCUUGGGCAGCAUGACCAAUGAGGAUCUGGCUAUGAAGAUGCUUAUGGACGGUUGCUUCGUGCUCCGACGACUGCUCAAGUACAAUCGGACGGCCGAAGAUGAUGAGGACGAGUGGACCCAACGGUUAGGCCGGUGUUGGGUGUGGGGAACCGUGAAGCGUGAUCUGCUGCUGCUCAGCAACCAGGUCCCCUUCUUCGUCCUCCAAGAGCUCUACAAGCAGAUCAAUACUAGCGGCGACAGUUGCGACCUUGUCAACGGCGGCCUCCAGCUGUUGAGCUCGCUCCACCCUCGCCGUCUGCACUCCGCACCCAUCGCCUGCAAGGAUGUGCACCACCUCCUCCACCUAUUCUACCUCUCCAUCGACUUCCCGUUGGGCCAGGAGCCCACUGCUCCUCUUGAUCCCAACGAGUCAUCCAUACUAUUGGAGGCGGAGGCUGAGCUCACCCACUGGCUACCGUGCGCCAAGGAGCUAGAGGAGGCCGGCGUUGAGUUCAAACCACGGACAAGGAAGCAUGGCGCCACCACCAGCUUUCUGGACAUCAGGUUUCGGAAGGGCAAGCUAGAGAUCCCGCCGCUGCAGCUAUUCGACUACAGCGAGCCCUUGUUCCGGAACCUGAUCGCGUUCGAGCAGACCUACCUGGGUACGCCGGGCCGCAUUACAGCUUACUUCAUCUUCAUGGACUGCCUCCUGAAGACCGCCCAAGACGUGCGGCUCCUCCACCGGUGUGGGGUGCUGGUCAACCACAUGAACGGCAAUAGGGCAGAUACUGCCAUGGAGUUCUUCAGCCGUCUCUGUGCGGAGGUGCACACCUCUGCAAGCCGCAACUACCUCGCUGGCGUCAUGGAGGAAGUAGCCAGGUACCAAAGCAGGCGCUUGCCCACCUGGCGUGCCGCUCUGGUGAGCGGCUACUUCACCAACCCGUGGGUGACUACCUCCGUCAUUGCCUCUGCUAUCUUGCUCGUCCUCACCGUGCUGCAGUCCUACUACUCUGUCGCCGCCUACUACAAAUAAUUAAUAACAUCAGCAAAGCACCACCCAUCCAUGCACAAAUAAAUAAAUAAUUCGAGCCUGAGAGGCUGCGUAGCACAAUUGUUUCACACGCUAAUUAAUUCCUUUUGUGUGCACUGUCAUGUCCGUCGAAAACUGUUACUUCUACUUGUUAUGUAUCUGACGUUAAAUUACAUAAACAGUUAUCUACUCUACGUAAUAAAAUUGUGACUUUCUUGUA